UAGAGCAAACUUUAGAAAGCCUGUUGCUGGCGAUAAGAGUGGGCCCAGGCAUAAUGGGAUAACCACGAAUGGAUUCGGCAACGUCAACAAGAUGAUAUCGAAGCAAAUCAACAGGUCGACGGGUGUCGGUAAUUCCAACAUCACUCUUGACUGUCGGAAUGUACAAGGAGAAAAAAGGAGGCGAUCUUGCAUAUUUACCGACGAAGAAGAUCCGUUCAGGAAUAUCGAUCAAGAUCCUGAAAUUAUACCCACAGUCCGUCCUACUCAUCGAGGUGAACUUGCUAGCAGGAGGGUUGAUCCGGUUCCUAUGAACCGCGCAGCUCUGAGCCGACGUAAAAUCCUAAAUAAGUACGAAACUGAACUGCCUUCGAUAGAACGCGAGCCUUGUGCCACAGAUGACUUAACUCACGGUAGGAAUUGCAAUGACUAUAGGAUGACUGUUAUGCGCGCCACGCCAUCGUCUGAAGAAUACGACAGCGGUGUGAAUUUCAGGCUGGACAGCAGUCAAGAUACGCUAGAGAACUUUCCUUACGAUCAGCCUAAGUCUUUCCCCCACGCCAUAAACUCCUACAACAGCGGGUCAACCAAUAACUUCAGCUCAAUGCCUUACGGCGGUCGCUUCUAUAGCGGCGGCAAUUCCAGUGCAAAUGAGCGACACAGUUUGGCCUACAAUGGCUAUGGGGCGGACGCAACAGACGAUCGCGGCAACGGCAUCCACGCUGUGACUAUGACCAACUCAGCGAGGUCGGCGACAGAUUUUCUUCGCGGCGGAAGAGAGGAAUUUGUUGCGGUUACGGCGAAUUCCGCCACGUCUGAGCAGGCACAGCGUAGAAGCGAAGGCUUCACAGCAUGCACUAUUUCACAAUCGACGGCAAAAACAACGAGAAAUGUAGUAGAUGGGAAUGUAAAAUCUGCACAACUUAGAGUUACUGCAACCGAAAAUGUUAAUUCGUACAGUGGCCUUAACCCGAAAUAUGUUCAUACUAACAAUUUUGAAAAGAGACAGAAUAACAAUAACUGUGAAUUGACUACUAAAAUUGCAUAUAAGGGGACAAAUGGUACGAACGAACCUUUGAAGAGUAAUCUCAAAAGUAGCUGUGGCGAUAAAAUGAAUUCCUCGUUGGACUAUCGCAGCACGAUGAAUCAAGAUGCUAAUAAUCGCUACAGUAAUAAUUGGAAUGAAAUGAUUCUAAAUAACCAAGUAAACUUGAAAUAUAAUGUCAAGUAUGAUGCAUGCGAUGACGCUAAAAUGAAUAAGACUAACCUCACUAAAAGCACUGACAAUGUAUUCCACAAAACUCAACAUCAGAACCCUGGUCGUGCCAACAGUCGCAUGCCGUGUAAAAAUGAAGUAAACUUCCAUCACAAUGAGCUCCAGAGGUUUUAUGAUGGCCGGGAUUGCAGAUUAUCACCCAAGAAAUACAACAGGAGCAAGAGUCUGGACCGAAAGUAUUUGGAGGAUUCCAGUGAGGAUGAAAGCGACUUUGAGGCCCACAGACGAUUUGAGCGCGAACGUAGGUAUGCGCGCAACCCCGAGUGGGAUGCUUUGCGCUUGAGAAACUACGAAAAUCGCUUACGUAGAUGUUUUGCGAUGGCUGAAACUAAUAAUAGCAAGAGCUUGACUCGUAUCGACGGUCGACACGGCAAGGUCAACUGGGAAACUGCUCUCACUACUGACAUCGCCCUGCAACACCGGUCCCCUCUAAUGGCUCGACCGAAACUUAAAGCCAAGAGUGCUUGGGAUCUGUCAAGAUUUGACGGUGACGCUUGUAGACAAGAAGAACAGUCUCGUAUGCUUCAGAAAACUCGAGCAGGCUUGAGAAGUCGAUGGCAGAACAUUGAUAAAAAGAUCGAUGAUGGAACCGUCGACGAAGCGCAAUUGGACCGUGAUUUGCCGAGAAAGGAAAUAGCGGACUUAGACUGCAACGCAGCUCUGAUUAGGCGUAAAGUUGAGUAUCGUACUGAAAACCAUGCUGGCAUCGGCAAUCGAUUUGAUGAUCAUCGAACACCUGUAGGCAGGCGCAAAAUGGACAAAGUUAGAAAUGCACAUAGAGACGAAGCCCAUGCAGGCAAGGCCAACGAAGCCAUCAACACUGCAGUCACAAAUAACGUAGCUUGUCUUAGCAAAAUCGAGCAAUGGAGGAAAACCGAGAUCCGAGAAACAUCGCCUCGCAGAAACGAAUUUCACGAGUCUCGAAAGUUUGCCAAAGAACAAUGGAGGAGACGGAGCUGCGAUUUUGAGCUGGAUGGGCCUUCUGUUUCUUUGCAGGAACCUAUGUCCUUGACUCCUCUAAGCUUAGACAGAAAAAGAUGGUACCGACGAAGUUGUGAUUUAGACUUGGAUUUCGAUCACCACUAUCCGAAUAAAGACAUGAUAUCUGAUUACGAUUUAGAUAACGACUUACUUUCUCGAACAAUACAGCAGUUUCAAAGCCUACCUCCAUACCAAGAGGGAUUGUCAAUGCCAGAAGAGAUCAUAGUGGAAGACAACAGAUGUGUUGGACGAAGAGAAGAACAUCAUGGUGCUCGAGUUACGUCGCAGUCAUCCCACAAUCUCCAAACUUCGGACGACGUUGGAAAAAGCGUUCACUUGUCUCAGGAAGAAAAGCUUUUGUUGGAUUCUGGACAUGAGAUGCUUCUGCUUGACAGAAGUAGAAUCGCCGUGCCUUUACGAGUGGACGGUCGCAGCAAGUCGAGAAUGGAAGACAACUGGCGGUACCGCAACGAUGCUACCGAGUUAGAAGAGGGUUUCCUGAAUUCGAAAAAUAGUUCAAAAAAUGGCAAACUUGAAAGACCUAAAACGAGCAUCGGGCAUUAUGGCAAAGAGAAACGGGAUCGAAAUCGGAGUACUCCUCAUGUUUUCAAGGACAGUCUGUGCUCGUCGCUGGAGCAGGUCUGCGAGUUGUCCCGCUCGUCGUCCCACCGUCGCCGCUAUGCGCAACUCCGUCCCGACUCCAUGGGGGUCAACCUGCACACGGGACCUGUGACCCACCUCGACAACAGGUGGGUCAACCUGCACACGGGACCUGUGACCCACCUCGACAACAGCCAUGAGGAAUCACUUCUGAACGAGGCCAACCAAGCUCCUCCCCAGCGACAACUGCAGAAAGAGACUUGUUAUCCGUCGGCGAGCGAUACAACGACGCCGCCAUUAUCGUUCACUGAUCCAUCGCAAGACGAUGACGAUAACCCCAUCGAGAUGGGGCGAUACGACAAUAAUAACAAAGACAACAACAAGCCUGACCUAAUCGAAGACGUCGCCAGGCGUCAAAAACAACAUCUGUCUUUCCCUCAAGUUCAGGAUCGGCUCGAGUAUCCUGACUUGCCCCUGAAGGAUCAGUUUGUGGAUGUAGUGAAAUACAAGCAGGAGGAAGACAACAACGAACACAAAGAAGAGGACUGCCAGAAAGAUGUUGCUCGAGACAAGAUCUCUAGCGAUGACAAGAGCCCUGGCCUGCUAGAGGGGGUGGCGGGGGACAAUAAAGCUGACCAGGAGGGGGACGGUAUCCCCCACAUGACCGCGGGGGAAGGACAGGAGCUAUACGCCCUGCCCAUGAAGAGUCCCCGCGCGGGGGACGGUGCCCCCGAGACCAGCAGCGUCUCCCCCAGCAGCAGCGACUCCCCCGAGCAGCAGCAGGCGCUGCCGCCGGGAUGGGAGAAACACGAAGAUAAUGAUGGUGCGUACUACUGGCACAUCAAGAGCGGGACCAUCACCCGCACCCCUCCCACUGCUGCCCCUCGCCCCUCUCACCCACCGCCCCCCUCCGCAGCCCCUCGCCGCAUCAAGGAGGAGCAGGUUGGGGUGCCGCGCAGCACGACCAGCUCGGCGCUCGCUGAGCUGGCGGAGCUCAGGCCGCGCUCCACCAACACCGCUGAGAACGCCUACAAACGCCGCAGCUAUCCUGUGCGCAGCGAGCUGUCUGAGGCAGGCUGCGGCCGCGCCGUGCGUUUUGCCGUGCGCUCGCUGGGGUGGCUGGAGGUGCCUGAAGAGGAGCUCACGCCUGAGCGCAGCAGCAAGGCAGUCAACAGAUGCAUCGUCGACCUCAGCAUGGGGCGCCGGGACGUCAUGGACGUCGUCGGCUGUUGGGGCGAGGGCAAGGACCUGUUCAUGGACCUGGACGAGGGCUCCCUGAAGCUCGUAGACCCUGAGAACCUGACGCUGCUCAACACGCAGCCCAUCCACACCAUCCGCGUGUGGGGCGUGGGGCGCGAUAACGGCAGGGAGAGAGACUUCGCGUACGUGGCACGUGACCGCGUGUCACGCAAGCAUAUGUGCCACGUGUUCCGCUGCGACACGCCAGCGCGCACCAUCGCCAACACGCUCAGGGACAUCUGCAAGAAGAUCAUGAUCGAGCGCUCGCUGAACCAGGCCGCUAGUAAGGGCGAUCUCGGCUCCCACAUGGGCAGCAGCAACAGCCUGGCGGGUGCCAACAACAAUAAUAACAACAACAACAACAGCGCCUUCGGUCGGGCGGCGCGCCCUUGCAAUCUGCCGACGGAGGGGCGCCGUGUGCAGCGGCACAACUCUCUCCUCAGCGGCCAGUCGUUCCCGACGCCCAUGGAGGAGCCUCGUAAGCUGGUGAAGGCGGAGUACGUGGGGGCGUUGCAAGUGUCGCGCCCCAGCGGCAUGGAGGUCAUCAACCGCGCCAUCCAAGACGCCGUCAACGCCAACCCUGGCCCCUGGACCCCCGUCAACGUCGCCGUCGCCCCCUCCACCAUCACCGUCACCCACGUCAAGGACAACUCGGUGAUCUCGGAGUGCCGCGUUCGGUUCCUGUCGUUCCUGGGCAUCGGGCGCAACGUGCACCACUGCGCGUUCAUCGUGCACAACGCGCAGGACCAGUUCGUGGCGCACGUCUUCUUCUGCGAGCCUUCGUCAGGAGCGCUCUGCAAGACCAUCGAGGCCGCCUGCAAGUUGCGGUACCAGAAGUGCUUGGAUGCUCACCCCACGCUUGGGGGCGGCAGUGGGGGCGCUGGGGACACUCUGCGGGUG